GCCGAUACGCCCACCCAUGACUUUCCCCCCGGGAUCUCUACAACAUGAUCCGGACGCAGGGCCGCACACCUGGGCGUGGUGUCGUUUGGGCCGCCAUGGACGCCCUGUGGUGUUGGGGCCCCACGGCAGCCCGUCUCACGGGGCUGGGGACCGUCGUCUUGUGGCUGUGGGAGCUGGUCGAUGCGGGCAGCUCCACAGCCACUAGGGAGGGCCCCCGCUGCGCCGCACAGGCCAAGAGGGGACCCGAAAGGUAA